GUUCCCUGUUCCCUUCCUAGCCAGAAGGGCAAUUUUCCCACACUCCCUCACAACCAGGAAGUGCCCCACCCCUCCAGAGUUUGUUUCCGAACAAGAACAACAAGAACGAAAGCUGCCUGUUCCCCCACAACUGCAAGCUCUGUUUGUGGGCACAGGCCACUCCUUCCAACCUGGUGAGUCAGCAUCCAGCCAGAAUCAACAGGACUUUUGCCCCUUGCCUACUGCAAGGCUUGCUCUCCUCUAGUUCCGGUCCCUCCGGGACUCUGGAUACCUCCUGCCCAGGAUGUCUGGCCAGCUCCCCAGCAGCAUGGUUGCUCUGCCCCGGCAGGGGAUCAUCAUACUCACCUAUGUGCUGGCGGCCCUGGAGCUAACAUGUCUCUUCAUGCAGUUCUCCAUCAUACCAUAUCUGUCUCGGACACUGGGCCUGGAUUCUGUCUCCUUUGGUUACCUACAGACGACCUUCGGGGUGCUUCAGCUGCUGGGUGGGCCUGUGUUUGGCAGGUUCGCAGACCAGCGGGGAGCCAGAGCAGCACUCACACUCUCCUUCCUGGCGGCCUCUGCUCUGUACCUGCUCCUGGUGGCCUCCUGUAGCCCAGCCCUGCCUGGUGUCUUCCUGCUCUUCGCCUCGCGUCUACCUGCCGCACUCAUGCACACACUUCCAGCUGCCCAGAUGGUCAUCACUGAUCUGACGGCGCCCACAAAGCGGCCCACAGCACUGAGCCGGCUGGGCCUCUGCUUUGGCAUUGGAGUUAUCUUCGGCUCCCUGCUUGGUGGGACCCUUAGCACCGCAUACGGGAUCCAGUGUCCUGCCUUCCUGGCUUUUGUGGUCACCCUCUUAGGAGCUGUCCUCAGCUUUACCUGUAUCCCUGUUACCACCAAGGAGGCCAGUGUCCAGUCAGCCCAUCAGGGUGGAACCAGUGUAUUUGACCUGAAGGCCAUCUCCCGCCUGCUGCUGCUGCCCAGAGUGCUGCCCGUAUUCCUGGUCAAGGUAAUCUCUGGCUUCCCUUCAGGACUCUUCAUGGUGAUGUUCUCCAUCAUCUCCAUGGACUUCUUCCAGCUGGAGGCUGCACAGGCUGGCUACCUCAUGUCCUUCUUUGGGAUCCUCCAGAUGAUGAUCCAAGGCCUGGUUAUUGGGAGACUAAGCACCCGUUUUCCAGAGGAAGCCCUGCUGAGAUCCAGUGUACUAGUCUUUGCUGUUGUGGGCCUGGGCAUGGCACUGAUGUCCAAUGUGUUCCACUUCUGCCUUUUGUUGCCUGGACUCGUAUUCAGUCUCUGUGCUCUCAACAUAGUCACAGACAGCAUGCUGACCAAGGCUGUAUCUGCUUCAGACACAGGGACCAUGUUGGGCCUCUGUGCAUCUGUGCAUCCAUUGACCCGUACUGUAGGACCCACCCUGGGUGGCCUGCUGUACCGGAGCUAUGGUGUCUCCAUCUUGGGCCAUGUGCAACUCAUGGUGAACUUGCUUGUCCUAUUGGUCCUCUGGAAGAAACCAUUGUCCCAGAAGGGAGACAAAGCCCGGUGACCACAAAACCCAACGACCUGGCCCAGUCAAGCAAUAAACUUAAGAACCUCUUCUUCUUAA